CUUUUACACAAUUUAUUACCAUGAUUAAUGUAGAAUGGAUUCUGUCUAUCCAUGAUUAAAUUUAUAAAUCGCUUUCGGUAACGUAUUACUACCUUUACACUUAAUAAAAUGGGAGGUAUCAGUGGUAUAUAUAUACUUGAUGGAAAGGGAAGAUUGAUGAUCAAUCGUAAAUACAAAGACGAUGUGAUCAAUAAUCUGAUAGAUUCAUUCUACGCCAAUGUACUGCUUAAAGAUGAAAAUGCUGUCACACCGGUUUACCACUGUGAUGGAUGCACAUUCUGCUGGAUACGCCAUAAUGAAUUGUACUUCGUUGCAGCAGCAUCAACGAAUUAUAACGUUGCGAUGGUGCUCGCCUUUUUAUACAGAUUUGUUAAGGUUCUGGAGAGUUACUUUAAAAUAUUAGCGGAGGAUACCGUACGUGACAACUUUGUUAUCAUCUACGAAUUGUUAGACGAAAUGAUAGACAACGGUUAUCCACAGGCAACAGAAGAAAGUGUACUCAAGGAAUGCAUUAGGAGCGGUAAAAGUCAAGUUACUACCGAUGCCGUAACACCUCCAUCAGCAAUGACCAACGUGGUCUCGUGGCGUAAAGAAGGUAUUCAUCAUAAGAAGAAUGAGGUUUUCUUGGACGUUAUUGAAAGUCUUGAUAUACUACUUUCACCAUCGGGAGCUGUUCUAAGAUCUGAAAUAAAAGGCCGACUUCAAAUGAAGUCGUUCCUUUCAGGAAUGCCACAUUUAUUCUUAGGACUCAAUGAUAAAUCACUUUUUGAAAACGCUUCUUCUGCGUCAGGAUCUUUUCCCGCUAAUCAAUCAUAUGGCAAACCGCCUCCAAUGAGAACCGUCGAAAUGGAGGAUGUUAAGUUCCACCAAUGUGUACAACUGGAAAGAUUUGAAUCUGAUAGAGCAAUCAGUUUCAUACCGCCUGAUGGUGAAUUUGAACUCAUGACAUAUAGAGUCAACUGUCAUGUAAAACCAUUGUUCUCAUGUGAUGUCAUUGUAAACAAUAACUCAAGCACAAGAAUUGAUUUUACAGUACGUGCAACAUCACGAUUUAAGUCGAAAUCUAUCGCUAAUAAUGUGGAAUUUGAAAUACCUGUGCCGUCCGAUGUUCAAUUUCCUAACCUCAAAACUUCAAUUGGCACCGUAAAAUACAUGCCAGAUAUGGAUGCAGUAUUAUGGAGUAUUAAAGAGUUCCAAGGUGAAAAGGAAUUUGUUAUGUACGCUUCCUUUGGUUUACCCUCUGUAUCAGAUGGAAACAGAGGAGCAUUCUCCAAGAGGAAUGUUAAAGUGAAAUAUGAAAUCCCGUACUUUACAGUCUCGGGAGUAUCUGUUAAACACCUUAGAAUUACAGAAAAAAGCGGAUAUCAGGCACUACCGUGGGUAAGAUAUAUCACAAAAAAUGGUGAUUAUCAGAUUAAGAUGUCCUGAAUAACAUAGAUUUUUAAAAUAUU